UGAAUUUGAUUUCCAAGGAACCCGGUUUAAGAAAAACACCAUACAAGAAGAAGUAAAAAAAAAACGGCAUGCAGCGGUGGGCGUUAUGGCGGAGGUGUUGUAUUGGAUCUCAACGUUUGCCCUCAUCUUGACCCUUCUCUGUAUUCUUGGUUACCAGCUUCUAUUAUUGGUGGAUCUUGAAUUUGAUUAUAUCAAUCCGUAUGAUUCAACAUCUCGGAUAAACAAGGUUGUGGUGCCAGAGUUUAUUGUCCAAGGAAUCUUAUGCUUCGUAAAUCUUAUAGCUGGACAUUGGUUUAUAUUCUUCCUAUCUCUCCCUUCUCUGUAUUACAAUGUGAGAUCGUACAGUAGAAGAGAACACUUAGCAGAUGUUACCGAAAUAUACAAUAAGCUGAAUUCUGAGAAAAAGAAGCUGCUGUUUAAAGUUGCAUAUCUUGUUGCAGUAUUUGUGAUCGCUGUAGUAAGCUUGGUGUGGACCCUUACCGAUGAUGUGAAUUAAUUGGUGGCUUGCCUUCCAUGCCUGAUGAGUUACAGGCUGAUACAUUCAAUGCAAUGUGGACAAGAGCCAUGGUGAGAGCAAAUAUGAACUGAACUCCAUGGAGGAGGGAACACGUGACAAUUCAUAUUGGUGCUUAAGCAAGGAAGAGAGAAACUUCAGAAGGAUUGGUUCUCUUAAUAUGUGAGCUCAUAGUAGAACAUAAACAUAAACAGCUUUUGCCUAAUAUGUAUAUUUAUUUGUCACGUUUGCUUCCUCUACAUGUAACUGUAAGAGUGUGACUGACAUACAUUUUAUGUUGGCUUAAAACCUUUUAUGCUGUUCCAAAUUCA